AUGUAUAUGAUCACCCAUUCGAUUCUCGCUGACAAUUUCAUUUAUGUGGAACGACAAAAAAUUGUGCUUAGUACUUUGUUUACGCAUUCAUGUUAUCCAUCGAUCAAAUUCGCCCUCGAACAAAUCCAAGCAGUACAAAUGGAUAUCGAUUUGGAACUGAACAAACGAGAAAAUGUUACUCCUUGUGAUGUCGGUACUAGUGUGAAAGUCCUGUUCGAUAUGAUUAAUCAAACUACAUCACUGAACGUUCUAAUGACAGAUGCGUGUCAAGCUGUUCUCAGUUAUAUAGCUGAGGCUGCAACUUAUUUUCAUCUACCUGUAUUUUCUUUUACAGCUAGUGAUUUAUCAUUAUCCGCAACAGACCGCUAUCCAUUUGUUUACCAUUUAGUACCGUCUGAUCAUGCUCAUAAUUUAGUGCGUAAACAGUUAUUGGAAUAUUUCAAUUGGACACGAUUUGGACUGAUCUAUCAGCAUGGAUCGAAAUAUACCCUGAUAGCAAAUGAUUUUUCUGAUUUAACGGUAAUGGAUAAGAAACAAUGGGAAAUAAAUAUUACACGGGGCAUACCGUACCGAUACGGAGCCGAAUGGCAAGAUGACAAUAGGCAAAAUGUGAAAACGCUAUUGAAAGAUUUCAAGGCGAGAGAUGUUCGAAUAAUUGUUGCUAAUUUUAAUCAAGUCAUUGCGACCCAGAUGUUCUGUCAUGCUGCUCGAGAGCAUGUUUAUGGUUCACGCUAUCAAUGGAUCAUACUUGGCUACCCGUCAUUGUCAGCUUGGUGGAAUGAGAAAAGCGAUUGUACAGAACAGGAGCUCAUCAAAGCGAUCAAUGGAACAUUUCAGACACGUGUACCACGUUUCUCCAUUGACGAUACCGAAGAACGACCAGAACAUGUUUUGAAGUACUUCGAACACUUUUCUGAUCUGGAAAGAAAUUACUUUGAUGCUUACGCUUAUGAUACAAUGUGGAGUUUAGCAUAUAUUUAUCAAUCGAAAGUAUUGUUCAAUCAAUCGAAUAUUCGAAAAAUUGUUGAUAAAAUCGAUUUCAUUGGUGCUACUGGAAGGGUGAGAUUUAUGAAUAGCGGACGAGUGGGUGAAAUUCUCGUAGAACAAUACGUUGCUUGUCGAAUGAUGAAAGAUGGAUCAUGUAAAAUUCCAUGUUACGAAGAAGAUAAAAAUUGUAACUUAACCGUUGUGAAACUUUUUCUCGCGAAGAAUUCUGACUCGAAAACCGAACCACCUGUUUUAUACAAAUUAAACCCAGUCACAUGGCACGGAAACACUCCAACGACCGAUCGAACGGAUCAAAUCGUUCAAUUUGAACAUAUUUAUCUUUCUGUAUUUCUUUCAAUAACAAUCUUCAGUGGAAUCGGCUUAAUUAUAUCCAUAUCCUUAUUCAUCUUCAAUAUUCAUUAUCGUUCACAUCGAUACAUACGAAUGUCAAGUCCAUCACUAAAUAACAUCAUUCUAUGUGGAUGCAUGUUAGCUUAUGUCACCACUAUCCUAAUGGGUGUCAAUUCGUCGCUAUUUCCACAAAAGAGCUAUACAAAUGUGAUUAUGAAUAUCAUUUGUGCAAUGCGAGUAUGGCUUUUGAGUAUUAGUUUCACUUUGGCGUUCGGCUCGAUGUUCAGCAAAACGUGGCGCGUCCAUUCGAUUUUUACUAAUAUUCAUAUAACUAAAAAGGCAAUUCAUGAUUCGCGAUUAUUAGCAGUAGUUGGUGCAUUGUUGUGUAUUGAUUUGUUCUUUUUGAUUUUCUGGCAAAUCUUCGAUCCUAUACAUCGAAAGAUAAUGCGUGAUGACCCAUAUACGCACGAACUUAACGAAGAUGUUCAAAUCCAGCCCUAUUACGAAGUCUGCAAGGGUGAAUUCACUUCAGUUUGGCUUCUUAUUCUCAUUUUAUACAAAGGUUUGCUAAUGUUCUUUGGAUCAUUUCUCUCGUGGAAAACUCGGCAUGUGACGAUUCCAGCUCUGAAUGAUUCACGAUAUAUAGGUUUAAGUGUAUAUAUUGUAUUUAUUUGUUGUACACUGGGCUCCUUGGUUACAUUUAUUCCAUCUGAACAAAUCCAACUUUCCUAUUUACUCAUCUCAAUGUUUAUUAUCAUUUGUGCAACUUCAACGCUAGGUUUUGUAUUUGUACCAAAAAUCAUCGAAGUCUGUCGUGAUCCGUAUGCUAGACGAAGACAUCAGAAAACAAUAGGACGAUUUCUACAUGCUAAUUGUCGGCCGAUGUUGUUGACGAAGAAACAUCUGAAUAAUGCUAUACUGGAUAAUCAUCAACUGAACUAUGUCUUUGCCAUGCAAGAACAAACAUUGGAACGAUUGAAGGAGCAGUUGAAAGAUUGCUCGAUGAAGAAUAGUGACAGUGUCGGAGGAUCUUAUGAAUUCGAACGAUUGGUUGCACGAAGUGAUGGAAUCGAAGAAGAAGAUGGAAAUUUUACUUUAGACGAUGAUGAUGACGACGAAGAUAGUAUCAUUGAUCAACUGAUGGUAGAUAACGGUCGAACAUUUCAAGGAAACGUGGCUCGAGCGGUUAGUUUAUGCCUUUUUAAUAAAAUUCAUUCGGCACAAAUUUAUUGGCCGGAAACUGUCGGUUCGAGACGUGUGUCGAUCUCUCAACCUGAGUACACCGAAGAUUUCUGUCUACAGUCUACUGUUAUAUCCGGCUCGACUGAAUUUGAACAUGAUUAUGACGGUUUAAGCAAUCUAGAUGUCAAUCGUUUGGAACAAAUGCGUGAAACUGAUCUUAUUUAUUAG